AUGGACAAAACCGAUCUCGAGACCUACCAAGUCCAACUGUCACAAGUGGAAUUGGCUCUCUCUGAUGACCCCGGGAACUCUGAGCUCAGCUCCCUUAGGGAUGAACUCAAGGAGCUCAUAGCACUCGCGCAAACUGCCAUCGCUCAGGCAGAGGCUGCUGCUUCAUCCAAAUCCGAACAGACGAACAAUCGGAAACACUCAAACUUCACACCAACACAUGCCUGGUCUGCCGGAGACGAAUGUCUAGCCAAGUACUCCGGCGACGGCGCCUGGUAUCCUGCACGUAUUACAUCUAUUGGUGGCGCAGCAGAUAAUGCCGUAUACAGCAUCGUGUUCAAAGGAUACAAUACGACCGAACUCGUAAAGGCUUCGGAGAUCAAGCCCCUACCCCCCAAUUACAACAGCGCAUCAACAGCCCCUGCAGCCGGCAAGCGCAAGCUCACGAAGGUGGAAGAGGAGGAACGAGAGAAGAAGAAGAAGAAGAACGAGAAGAAGCUUGAGAUGAAGGCGGCCAAAUCGAAGGAGCAAACGCAGAAGCAAGCGACAUGGCAGAAAUUUGCAAAGAAGUCUGAGAAGAAGGGUGUACAUAUCGCCGGUGUUUCUGGGACGAGCAUCUUCAAGACGCCAGAUAAUCCGCUAGGAAGAGUUGGUGUUACAGGAAGUGGGAAGGGAAUGACGGAAGUAGCGGGCAAAUCGAAACAUAAAUUCGACCAGGGAGUCGAUGAUAACAUCUAA